UUUCUGCUUUGCGUCCGUGCAAUUGUCAUAAAGCGUGCAAAGCAAAGUCAAGAGUGUAACGGUAACUUAUAAUACUACUUUAUAAAUGCAUGUGCGUGCCUGUCUUAUGGAUACAAGUUUUAGAUGCUAAAUUGCUGAAACAUUAUUGAUGCGAUGAACAAUGGGUAUUUCGAAACUUGAGAUAUCUUCUGCAAGAACUAAUUUACUCAAAACUGUGCGGAGUAAAAGGGCAACUCUAGGACUUUUAUUUGUUCUAAAUGCGGGUUUUAUUUUUACAUAUAUCAUAAAUCCCCUUCCAGAAAAAGACUGUAAUUCUACCGAUUUUGUUAAACAUAAUACUCCCCCGCCAUUUGCUAAUCUCCCAGAUUUUUGUAAUGGCGUCGAAACAGCUAACAAAUAUAGUAUGACAAGCACAAAGUUUACGAGGGCAAGAUCAAAAUUCUUACCAAAAGACAGAGUUAUACUGGUUCGUCUUAGAACAUACAAUAAGAGAAACAUCCCGAAACUAAAUGGUGGAGAUAUUAUUUUUGCGUGGGCAAGACAGAUGUAUGGUGACGGUAUGGUUCCGGGAAAUGUUAUCGAUCAUCGGAACGGUUCGUAUACGGGUUUAAUCCGAGUUUUCUGGACGGGAAGAACUAAUGUUCAUCUGAGGCUGGUAUCAGCGGUUGAGAAUACGUGUCUUCGCUAUAAAGCUCUGUAUAAGUACGGUGACAUUGUAUUUACUCUCAGACAACCCUAUGGAUUGAGGGCCGUUUAUUCGUAUAACAAUUCGAAAGUUUUUGCGCCGUGUAAUACUAACAGCUUCAUAUAUGGAAGCUCUCGAGUAUGUAAUUUUACGACUUUGAACGGAGGGAUGUCAUGGUAUUGCGGACUGCCUGCUGGAGGUCAAUUUCAGUGUAAAGACCUUCAAUCAUUCUCACUUGGUUCAUUUAAGAGGCGUGCUCGUAGUGUUGAAGAUAAAAUCCGAUCUCCGGGACACGGUAUAUUCAGGAUACCAAUGUCAGUAGACGUAACGUUUAAGUCAGAUACAAACUCAUCUGUAACUUGUAAUGAAAGAACGCCAUUAGAGUCUUGGACAGAGAAAUCUCCGAUUGGAUUCUUUUUGAAACGUCUCUGGAUUCCGACGAACUGCAAAACCAAUUUCAAACACACUAUUGCAAAUUAUAGAACAUGCCUUCAAAACAGAACGUUGAUUUUUCUUGGAGAUUCAACAGUAAGGCAGUACAUUAACUUCUUUAUUAAGGAUAUAUUAGGAUUAGAUGAAACAAUAGAGAAAGGAUUAACUUUUGGACCUAACUUUCAAACCUACCAUGGUCACCACACGUUUACAAACCAUGGAAUAACACUUAUUUAUAGAAAACAAGCUAUGCCUUUGCAUUUCGCAGGUGGUGAAAUACCUAUAAAUAAUAUUCAAUCCUUUCCCCAAAUACUUGACUCAUUAACUAAUAGUGAUAUACCAGGUAUUUCUUUAGUUGUGCUGUUAAACUACCACGCCCAUUUUACUUCAUAUCCCCCCGAAAAAUAUCGUGAACGUCUGAAAUAUUUAGUCGCUUCGUUAAAACGCCUCUUCUAUUCAAAACCGGAAGCUAAAGUAUUUUUCAAGGGACCAUCUCCAUGUAUUUCAGAUUCAAAAUGGUGGGAUCCAUACAUUUCACUUGUUUAUAAGAAGAUUCUAACUGAGGAAUUUACUGACAUUCUGGAUAAAGUAACUUACCUGAACAUAUGGGAAAUAAGUGUUGCCCAUAAUGUGUUAGACGUCCAUCCACAGGGUCAAGCCUUGAAAAGUCAGUUACAUCAGUUCAUGACAUUUCUUUGUUAAUUAUUUCCUUUACACUUGCAAGAGCAAACGUGACGUUCUUUAAGAUUCAUUUCUGAAGGGCACUCCUUGUAAUAACGCUGGAUUGUGAAAGAAGUAAAGCAGAACGAUGCAAAAUGGAGUAUACUAAUAAAAACUACAACACGGUAAAAAAAUAACAAUAUAUAUUAAUUAUGCCCCCACUUCGAAGAAGAGGGGGUAUAUUGCUUUGCACUUGUCGGUCCGUCCCGUCCGUCGGUCCGUAGACCAAAUGGUUUCCGAGUGAUAACUAAAGAAUCCUUAGGCCUAGAAACUUCAA